AUGAAAACAUCAAUCAAUCCUUGUCAUGAUUUUUAUGAAUUUGCUUGUGGUAACUUCAAGGAAGUCAAUAAACAAUUGAGCGGGAAAAUGAGUGUAGAUCAAAGAAUUGAGGGUAAACUAGAUUUAAAAUUCUAAAUUUCCAGAAAUUUUCAGAAUUACUUCAACUGAAUCCACAUCGAAAACACGCAAAACCUUUGAAAUUUGUUUUAAAUUAUCACGAUUCUUGUGUAAAUCAAGAAAAAUACGUGGGAAAUUCAAAUUCUCUUCUAAAAUUAGUGAAUUCAAUGAUUUCAUCAUCAUCCACUGAAAAUUGGGAAGUUCUCGCUGGAAAACUGGCGCUUCACGGGAUGUUUCCAAUUUUUGAAGUGAAAGUUAGCGGAAGUUAUAAAGAUCGUAGUAAGAAUAUGUUGAUGGUAAGCGCAAAUUCAAAAUCUUAAGAUUUUCCAAAAAACAUUUUCAGUUCGCUGGCCCACAUUUGAUUCUAGAUUACCCCUCGUAUUAUUCCCCGCGGAAUUUGAAAAUUUACAAACAAUACAUGAAGGAAUACUUGAAGAUUCUGAAUUUCACAGAAGUUCCAAUUCAACAAGCUGAUUUUGAUGAGAUUAUAGAAUUCGAGAAAAAAAUUGGGGGCAACUUUAACUGCAAAAUCAGCAAAUAA